CCCAAACUUCGUCUCUAGUCUUUGUCUCUUUCUGGCUUCGCCAUUAAAAAGCCGUAGCAAAACCCUGACGCUUGCAAUCCCCAAUCCUAAACCCUAAAAAUCUUAGCCGCCUCUUUGUUCUACUUGCGAAAGAUGGCGAAGAAGAAAGUGUCCCGUAACUCCAACGGAGCUUCCAGUGAGCAACAAAUGCAGAACCAGACAGCCCCGGUCACUUACCAGAAGUCCGCCGAGCUCAGCCGUCAGUCUUCAAUGGAGGACCACGACUCGUCGGAGGAGAAGUUUCAUAACCUGAAGUCUCUCAACGCGAUUCUCCUCAAGCAAACCAUGGAGAAGAGACAGCAGAUCGAAUCUCUCUUCCAGGCGAAAGAUGCGUUGGAGGCCGAGUUAUCUCGUUCCGGCACGGAGAAGACUCAGCUCCGGGACGAGUUGCGUGGUUCGGGUGACGAGAAUUUCAUGUUGAAGCUCGAAAUGGAUCUGUUUAUGGGUAUUGUUGAGAGCCGAGUCAAUGAAAUGGGUUCUGGAGUAGAUGGGUUGGUUAAGGAGAAGAGUGAUAGAGAGUGUGAGAUUAGGGAUUUGAAGAGAGAAGCUUAUGAUCUGAUGUGUAAGCUAGAGACUGAGAGAGAGAAGUUGGGUAGGGUUUGUGAUGAGAGGGAUUCGAUUAAGAGUGGGUUUGAUUUGCAGCGUGAGGAAUCGAAUCGAUUGAAGGAGAGUGUGGUUCGAAUGGAGAUGAAAGAAACGAGUUUGCGAGAGGAAGUUGGUAAAUUGAAUUCUGAAAAUGAUAGGAUGGUGAAGGAGAUGAGGAAGAGAGAGGAGCUGAUUGAGAGGAUUAACAAGGAGAGGACUAGCUUGGAGACGACCCUCGAGGAGAAGAUUAGGGAAAAAGAUGAGCUGAAGAGAGAAAUCAAAGGGCUUGCUAAGGAGAAGAUGGAGUUAGAGACGCUUAAACGUGAUCAGAAGGGAGAAAUUGUGAAGCUGGAGAAAAAACUGGAAAAUUUGAGUGAGAGAGUGAAGAGAGUGACAAAGGAAGAGAAAGGUUUACGUGAUCAGGUCAUUGGGUUAGAGAAGAAUCUUGAUGAGGUUACGGAGAAAGCAAAAGCAAGGGCGGAGCAGAUCAACGAACUGGUGAAAGAGAAAUCUAUCAAGGAAUCUGAGCUCGAGGGUUUACUGGUGGAGAACAAUUCGAUCAAGAAACAGAUGGAGAUGGCUCUCGCGCAGUCUUCUGAUAAGGAGACACUGGUCGACCAAUUGUUGCGGGAGAAGAACGACCUUGUUGAGAGAAUUUUUGACCAGGAAGCUGAGUUUGUUGAGAUGAGUAAACUGGCGGAGGAGCGAAAGCAUGUUGCAAAGCAGUUUGGAAAGGAAUUUAUUGAUCAAACCAACACUAUUGAGAAGCUUAGCUGCGACGUUAGCCAGCUUAAGGAUGCUCUGGCACUGGUUGAGGCCGAGAGAGAUAAUGCUAGGAAGGCUCUUGAUGAGGAGAAGAGAAACCGUGUGGCUCUUGAGGAAAAGGUUAGGGAAUUAGAGAAAAUGAUUGAAACUACAGGUAAAGAGCUUGAGAAGGUUAAGGUUGAGCGAGGGAGAUUGAUCAAAGAGAAGAAGGAGCUGGAGAAUCGUUCUGAGUCACUGAGAAAAGAAAAGAGUAUCCUUCAAAAGGAUAUUGUGGAGCUCAAAAGAGAUAUGGGUGUUUUGAAAACAGAACUGGAAACCAAAGAAAACCGCGGUCUAACAAUGCUAAAGAGUGUAUCAUCUCUAGUAGGUGGUUUAGAGAACAAAAAAGGCGAGCAGAAACGAGAGAAGGGAAUGGAUUCGUACUCGGUGGAGCUCGAAGCGAUCAAGAAAGCGUUCAAGAAUAAAGAAAGCAUGGUUGAGGAAAUGAAGAAGGAAGUAGAGAAAAUGAAGCAUUCGGUGGAAGAUGCACACAAGAAGAAAGGCUUUUGGACCCUUGUGUCAUCUGUUACUACUCUCCUUGCGGUUGCUUCUGCUGCUUAUGCCGCUGCGAUUAAGUGAAAACCUGAAGAUGGUACUACCAUUUUAACUCUCAGACAACAUUACCGCAUUUGAGUUUUCAGUUUUUCGCUGUUUUAACUUCUAAACCAUUUAUGCAUCUUAUGAGAUUUUUACUCAUAAUUUACUAUGAUGUAAACCUUUUUCCUUUCGUAUCUGUGAUUCGCUACUAUUCUCUCAGAACAUGUAGUUGAUUCCCAGAAUGUCUAAUAAACUUGUUUGUUUCAUAUUUAA